UUCCAUUUCGCAUUUGCAGCUUCACAACACUUGGACAAUCUAGGGUUAGGGUUUGAAUUUCUCUACCUUUAGACUAUACACUACACUAUUUUCGCCGUGAACCUCAUUUUUCCCUUGAUUUCGAUUGAAUUUCCUUUUUUUCUUCAAUUUUUGAGGUCGGGCAGCUGUGAAACAAUGUCAUUUGAGGUGCUUUGGACGUAGAGAAACCUCAAAUCUGUACUCUUUAGUCACAGAACACUGAAGCCCAUCAAUUUUUUGAUUGUCAGAACUUUCUUUUGGUGAAAAUGGGGCAAGAAUAUGUUAGCAUUUGUUCCACAGGUAACCAAGUGGAUGAUCUUUCAGUUCCUCCAGGUUUUGCAUCACUUACAUCCUUCACAUUGAAGAGGAUGGAAGAUAGUGAAGAAACCUGUAAUUCCAUGGCUUUCGGGAGUGCAUUUCGACCAGAUCCCACCAAUAUGGAUGCUGCAUGUGACCCAAUUGAUAUUGCAGAAUUUAAGAGGUCUCUCAGGCAUAGACCGUGGAUACUAUACGACCAAUGCAAUCAUGAAGAAGGGGACUCUGACCCUAAACAGAUUGAUGCGAAUCUCCAUUCAAAAACUUCUCUUCCCAAGGGGGUUAUUCGUGGAUGUUCAGAUUGUAGUAAUUGUCAGAAGGUAAGUGCAAGAUGGCGUCCAGAAGAUGCAUGCACAGAUAUCCUUGAAGAGGCUCCUGUGUUCCACCCAACUGAAGAGGAGUUCAAAGACACGCUUAAGUAUAUUGCAAGUUUACGUUCAAGAGCAGAGCCAUAUGGAGCCUGCCGUAUAGUCCCUCCUCCUUCCUGGCAACCACCAUGCCAUAUUAAAGAAAAGAAUGUAUGGACAAGAUCUAAAUUUCCUACCCAAAUUCAACGGAUUGAUGAGCUUCGAGAUCAGUGUUCAAAGAGCAAGUUUUCUAUAUUUAGUGAAAAUAUGAACAGAAGAAAGAAAAGAAGCUUCACAAUGGGCUCAGAGUUUCAAUCGGAUAAUGGACAUAUCACAACUCCUGAUGAAGCCAGACACUAUGAAACCCAGGGCUUUAAAUUUGAACCUGGUCCAGAGUUCACUUUGGAAACUUUUAAGAAUUAUGCAGAUGAUUUCAAGGGGCAGUAUUUUUGCAAGAAAGAUGAGGUCGCAGAUUCAGCUGUUAAUUCAACUGUGUCCCAAAAGCAGUGGGAACCAUCAUUGGAGAAUAUUGAGGGUGAAUAUAGGCGAAUUGUUGAGAAUCCAACUGAAGAAAUUGAGGUGCUUCAUGGUGCUGACCUUGAAACUGGAGUUUUUGGAAGCGGAUUUCCAAAAGUAUCCAAUCAGGAGCAGAUGUCUGAUCAUGCACAAUAUUUUGAAUCUGGCUGGAACUUAAAUAAUACCCCAAAGCUGCCCGGUUCUCUUCUUGCUUUUGAAAACUAUGACAUAUUUCAUAUUUUACAGCCUCGGCUACAUGUAGGGAUGUGCUUUUCAUCACUUUGUUGGAAAGUUGAAGAGCACCACUUAUACUCGCUGUGCUACAUGCAUUUGGGUGCACCUAAAAUAUGGUACAGUAUCCCCGGGAGAUAUCGUCCAAAAUUUGAGGCAGCUGUGAAGAAGUAUUUUCCAUACCUAUCAGCAACACGGCCUGAGUUGCUUCCUAAGCUGGUAACCCAACUUUCCCCAUCCACAUUGAAGUCUGAGGGUAUACCUACCUAUCGUUGUAUCCAGUAUCCCAGGGAGUUUGUCCUUAUCUUCCCUGGAGCAUAUUAUUCAGGAUUUGAUUGUGGCUUUAAUUGCACCGAGGCAGUAAAUUUUGCUCCAGUUGACUGGUUACCUCAUGGGCAGAAUACUGUGGAACUCUAUUGUUUGCAGGGAAGAAGGACAUCAAUCUCCCAUGACAAGCUGUUGUUUGGUGCAGCUAGGGAAGCUGUGAGGGCCCAGUGGGAAGUAUCACUGUUGGGGAAGAGCACUUUGGAUCAUUUAAGAUGGAAAGAACUGUGUGGCAAGGAUGGGAUCUUAGCAAGUGCUCUAAAGUCACGUAUCAAGUCAGAAGGCAGGAGAAGGGAAUAUCUUUGCACCUCUUCGCAGUCUAGGAAGAUGGACAAAGACUUUGAUAGUGUCAGAAAGAGGGAAUGCUGGACAUGUUUCUAUGAUUUGCACCUGUCUGCAGCAUGCUGUCAAUGUUCCCCAGACAAAUAUGCAUGUCUGAAUCACGCAAAGCAGCUCUGUUCUUGCUCUUGGAGUGCCAAAACUUUCCUCUUCCGUUAUGAAAUGAGCAAGUUAGAUCUCCUUGUUCAAGCCUUGGAAGGGAAAUUAAGUUCUGUCUACAGGUGGGCUAGAGAAGAUCUUGGGCUGGCUCUGUCUCGUGUCUCAAACGAUCAGUUAAAGGCAUGUGGGUUUGUUAAUAAUCCAUCCCCUACAGAGUCAAAACAAGAACAAAAAUGUCAAGAUGAAGUGCUCAAAUCUCAAGAUGUUGUAGAACCCAAUGACAUUAUUGAGAAUUCUACUAAUUGGAUUUCAGAGAUGAAAACACCAGCUGUGCUCCAAGCCUUGGAAAACCUGAAAAAGAGAGAACAUGCAGUAGCAUUUGCAAUUAGUUCAAGUGGUACUGCAGAUGAUACCUAUUCAAUGCAGAAAGAGAAUCCAUGCAUAGUUCCAUCUGAAAGUACAAGUUCAUCAAGUUUGUCAAGUUCCUCAGAAUCUGAUGAAGAUAUAUCAGAUGGCUUUCUGUUCAGGAAGAAACAAUGCCUUUUUUCAGCUUACAAUUCAAACUCUCCAGUUUAUCAUCUCAAAAAAGAAGCCUUGUCGUCUAAGCUCCCAAAAGAUGAUUCUAGUGAGCAUAACAUUGCCCAGCGCUUGAUUCCAAGUUCCAGAGUUGGUCAUUUGACUGAUUUGGCUUCUGAGAAACAAAUAACAAAAAGACCCCCAUCUUGCUGUCAGAGUGAUAUUAUUCUUCUCAGCGACGAUGAGGGUGAGGAUCCAUGUCAGAAACUCUGCUGAAGUGUACAUUACCUUGAACGGUACAUGAUUGUUAUCACAUUUAUACUCCAAAUGGGACAAGAUACUAGUGGAUGGAGCCAUGUAAAGAUAUUAUAUGAAGAAAAAGAAGGCAUAAAUGUUGCUUCUUCUUUUGAACAAGCUUAAGAAUUCACUUCAUUGAAGUCCUCUCUUUGGAUAUGCAUGAUGGUAGAGCUCCAGGGACUCUUGUCAAACAAGAAAAGAAGCUUUGGAUGGAUAUCAUCCGAAUCGGCCUGUGUCAUUCUUUGUAACUUGUGGAUAAAGAAAUGAAAGAGAAUUUGAAGGUGGACACAGUUCAACUCGUUGGAGCUGAACUUAGAAAGAUUCAGAGAACAAUCUCCUAUUGGGCUUUUUAUGCAUGGAAUUCAGUUGUGAAUAUUCACAUCAGCUGAAAUUUAAUUGUUAGGAGGGUGGUCUAUGCCUUCACCAUAUAAUGUUGGUUGUUUCUGUUGUUGGACACUUUGAAAUCCCAUCAGGUGUUGUAGCCAAGAUCCAAAAAUAGUUUCGUAGUGUGUAACAACUUCUGGAUGAAGAAGCUGGUAGACCAUGUAUUUCUUAUGGUAAUUUAGUCAUGAUAAUUAAAUUAUUGAUUUGUUGUAA